AUGGAUUCCAAAGAAUUAAUGACAGCAGUUGAUCCUGUUACCAUUGUCAUCAAAGAAUGUAUCAAUUUAUCUACCGCAAUAAGGAAAUAUUCGAAAAUUGCAUCCCAAUCAUCUGGUGUAGCAGCAUUAUUAGGCGGUGGAAGUGAAAUUUUCAGCAAUCAAGACGCCUCCUUAGCUCAUACAUUUAAUAACUUAUCAGCGAACAAACAUAACGAUCCAUUUCUCUCAGGAUUCAUUCAACUUCGAUUAAUGCUAAAUAAAUUAAACUCAUUAGAUGGAAUCGAUUCAUUGACACUUUUACAACCAUUCCUAUUGACAAUUAGUACAAGUUCGAUCUCCGGGUAUAUCACUUCAUUAGCGUUGGAUUCGUUACAAAAGUUUUUCACUUUGAAUGUAAUAAAUUUUGAUUCAUUAAACUAUAUCGGUGCAUAUAGAGAAGUAGCGAAUGCAUUAACUCAUUGUAGGUUUGAAGGUUCUGAACAAUUAUCUGAUGACUCGGUCCUUUUAAAAGUUGUAUUAUUGUUACAAGAUUUAAUUAAUUCGCCAUAUGGAGAGCUAUUGACCGACUCUACCAUGUAUGAUAUAGUGCAGACCAUUAUGUCAUUGGCUUGUAAUAAGAGAAGAACUGAAGUGCUAAGGAAAGCUGCUGAAUCAACAAUGACUAUAAUUACUUUAAAGAUAUUUUCAAGCUUGAAAACAAUGGAACCACUAGACUCUACUGAAAAAUAUAUUAAUGAUGAAGGGUAUAGUAAGAACACUUUGAAAGAUGAUGUCAUUGUCAUAUCAAAUCAAGAGUCAGAACAACCAACAAUGCAGAUCGUUCCCUCUAUAGUAGAUGAUAAAUCUGUUGCUUCCAAUGACGCUGAAUCUGUUCUCUCUUCUAAUGAAGAUGAGGUAGGUACUAACCUUGAAAUAGAGAAGCAACCUUUUGAAUUGCAAAACACGGAACAAGAAGCUAUUGCUACUCAAAAUGAAGAUACCGAUGGCGAAAACGAAACGAAUAAAUUGAAAGUUGAAAUAAAAGAGAAAGACCUAACAAUAUCCAGUGGUACAUAUGGUUUACCCUUGGCAAAGCAAUACCUAUCUCUUCUACUUUCCCUAAUAAUUCCUGAAAACCAAGCAAAACACACAAAUUCUACAAGAAUAUUUGCACUACAACUAAUUAAUACUAUUAUCGAAAUUGUAGGAGACAAGUUCCCAUUAUAUCCUCCUUUAUUCACUUUAAUAUCAGAUCCAAUUUUCAAAUGUAUUUUUUAUAUUAUUCAAAACACAAACAAACUAUCACUAUUACAAGGCGCUUUACAAUUAUUCACCAGUUUAGUUCUCAUCUUAGGUAACCAUCUACCCAUGCAAAUUGAGUUGACACUAACGAGAAUUUUCUCCAUGUUACUUGAUGAUACCACUGAGGCUAACAACCCAACAAUGACACCAAAUAAUGCAAGUUCAACUUCUAUUAACACGGCAAAUGAAUAUCAACCAAAAUCACCAGCAAUAAAGGAAUUACUAAUUGAACAAAUUUCAAUUCUUUGGACUAGAUCUCCAUCUUUCUUCACAUCAAUGUUUAUUAAUUUCGAUUGUAAUUUGGAAAGAUCAGACGUUUCUGUAAACAUUAUUAAGGCAUUAACUAAAUUAUCAUUACCUGAAGCUGCUAUCAGUACCACAGAUAGUGUACCCCCAAUCUGUCUCGAAGGUUUAAUUUCAUUAGUUGAUGAUAUGUUUGAUCACAUGCAAGACGUAGACAGGAAUGAAUAUAUGAAACAAUUCAAUGGGAAAAUAAAUGAAAUCCUAAAACAAAGAGAACGUAAGACUGAAUUUAUUAAAUCUGCUGAAUUAUUUAAUGAAAAUCCAAAAUUAGGUAUCCCAUCAUUAAUCGAGAAGGGGUUUAUCAAAUCAAACUCUGAUGAAGAUAUCGCGGAAUUCCUUUUUGAAAAUAAUAGUAGAAUGAAUAAGAGAACUAUUGGUUUGUUACUUUGUAAUCCGAAAAGAACCCCUCUUUUGAAAUGUUUUAUUGAUUUAUUCGAUUUUAAAGGUUUAAGAGUAGAUGAAGCUAUUAGAAUAUUAUUGACUAAAUUUAGAUUACCAGGUGAAUCUCAACAGAUUGAAAGAAUUAUUGAAGCAUUCUCUACUAAAUAUGUUGAUAAUCAAGAUUAUAAACCAAUUGAAACAGGCAACGAUUUAGAAGAAGAGGCUGAUCUUGGAAGUUCGCCAACUGAUAAUGCUGAGAGUAGAGUAGAGGGAGACACAGAAGAAUCGGAACAGAUUGAAGACAUUUCCACUGUUCAACCUGAUUCUGAUUCAGUCUUCGUUUUAAGUUAUUCUAUCAUCAUGUUGAAUACCGAUUUGCAUAAUCCUCAAGUUAAAGAACAUAUGUCAUUCAACGAUUAUUCUGGUAAUUUGAGAGGAUGUUGUAAUGAAAAGGAUUUCCCGCAUUGGUAUCUGGACAAGAUAUAUUGCUCUAUAAGAGAUAAAGAAAUUGUAAUGCCCGAAGAACAUCAUGGGAAUGAACAAUGGUUUGAAGACGCUUGGAAUAACUUGAUUUCAUCAACCACUGUCUUGACUGAGAUACAAAGAGAUUCAACUAAUAUUAUCGAUAAACUCUCAUCAUUGGAACUAUUACUUUUCGAUAGAGCAAUUUUCAAACAUGUUGGUAAUGCCAUUGUUAGUACAUUAUUCAAAAUUUAUAAAGUGGCUUCUGAUGAUCAUAUUUCAAGUAGAAUGUUAACUACUUUAGAUAAGUGUUCAUUUAUUGCAUCGUUUUUCAAUUUUAAAACAUUGUAUAAUGAUAUUCUUCGUCAUAUUGCCCGUUUCACAACAUUAUUGAAAAUAAAACCAUCUAAUAAGAAAAAUGCAAAUGCGGCAAGCGUAGCAAAUGAUGAUGUUGACGAUAUACCAUUAGUUGAAGUAACGAUAGAAGGUCAAGAAAAGAAAGUCCCUGUUAGCAGUGAAAUAAUCCGCUUGGGAAGAUCAUUUAAGGGUCAACUUUGUACCGUAGUUUUAUUCAGAAUAUUACAAAGAAAUAUAGAUUCAGAAAUUAUAAUACCUGAAUUAUGGAAUGAUAUUGUUAAGAUUCUGUUAACUCUUUAUGAAAAUUUAUUAAUAUCACCUGAUAUUUUUUCAGAUUUACAAUCUAAUUUGAAAAUUGGGAAAUUACCUAAACCAUCAUCUCAAGCGGCUAUUAUGAAAAGUAAUGAAAACAAGGGAUUACUUUCAACAUUUGCUUCUUAUUUGAAAGGUGAUGAGGAACCUACUGACGAAGAAAUCCAUUAUUCAAGAAGGGCUAUGACAUGUAUUGAAUCUAGUCACGUUGCAGCAGCACUUUUUGGGAAUGAAAAAAAUAUUACACCUGGCUUAAUUCAAUCUUUAUUGAAUUCAAUUAAAUUGGAAAGGAACAAUGAAAAUGAUAAAUUUUUCGAAGCAGAAACAUUAUUCUUACUUGAAUUAUCAGUCGCCAUGCUUGUUUUUUGUAAGAAUGGCGGAUCUCUGGGUAAUGAAACAUUAGAAAAAAUUAUUACCUUUUCACAAUUACCUGGAUCUAAAAAGGGAACCCAUCGUAGGUUAUUAACUUAUAAAAUAUUAUUGAUUUCAUUGUUAGAUCAACAACCAGAUAAUUUAUUAAAAGUGAUUAAUGAUGAAUUAGUAACGAAACGGGAUCUCUACACGGAUAAAUAUUUUAUUAGUGAUACCGGUACGGAGGUGAUAAGAAGAUUACUUGAAUUAACAAACGUGGAUAAUUAUAAAUCGGUCAUGUUGGAAGAUGAAGGAUUUUGGAAAUUACUAAGAAUGAAUGCAUCCAUAAAGGAACAUACUGAAAUGAUAUUUGAUUAUUUAGCAAAAUCGCUUGCGAAAGAUGGUUGCUUUAUGACGUCUACGAAUUUCAUGUUGAUUUUAGGAUUAUUGGAUGAAAUAUCAUCAGUUGGCUCUGUUGGUGCUCGUUGGGAACAAGAAUAUAAAAUGUCAAUCCAAAGUGGACAUCAGGUCGAUAAUAAAAAUCCAUAUCAAGCAUUGGUCAGAAUAUCGCUAAGAUCCAUUGAUUUGACGUCACAAUUAAUAGAGAACUCUAAAAAAUUUGAACUUGGGAAGACCGAAAUAUUUACAAUAUGUCAAGCCUUGGCACAUCAAUGUAGUAAUCCAUGCCAAGAAAUUAGUUCGCACGCUAUUGUAACACUAACGUCAUUUUUAACAGAAAAAGUUUCAUUGCCAAGGGUUGAACUUACGAAUAUGGAAGAAUUAAUUGAAGGUGGGUUACUUCCUGUUUUGAAGACACAUGAAGAAAGUAAAUCUGAUAAUGCUAAUAUUCUAUUAGGGAAUAUUCUUGAUGUUAUUUCUAAGACUUACAUUUAUUAUCUGAAGGAUGGUAUCACAACGAAUGAAACGUUUUUGGAAGUAUUAAACAUAUUUAAUAGGUAUGUUGAAAUACCCGAGAUUGAAAAACAAUUACAACAACUUAUCAUUGAGAAGAAAGAUAUUGAAAAGCAAGCAAGAGAGUCCAGCACAACACCUUCCGUUGUCGAUGAAGCUGCUGCUGCUGAUGAUAAUAUACCGGUCGAUGCGGGAGCGCCAGGUGAUGCCUGA